UUCACCAUCAUCAGAACCCAAAACAAAUUCAUCAAUAAUAACCAAUUUCUAUAAACCAUUUUAGAGAUGGAGUCAACCGGAAAGGUGAAGAAGGGAGCCGCAGGAAGGAAGGCCGGCGGUCCAAGGAAGAAGGCGGUGACCCGUUCCGUCAAAGCCGGUCUUCAGUUCCCGGUCGGUAGAAUCGGCCGGUUUUUGAAGAAAGGUCGUUAUGCUCAACGUGUUGGAUCCGGUGCACCAGUCUACCUUGCUGCUGUCCUUGAGUACCUAGCAGCAGAAGUGUUGGAGUUGGCUGGAAAUGCGGCAAGGGACAACAAGAAGAACAGAAUAAUCCCGAGACAUGUGUUGUUGGCCAUUAGGAAUGAUGAGGAGCUUGGAAAGCUUUUGGCUGGAGUUACGAUUGCUCACGGUGGUGUUUUGCCGAAUAUUAACCCGAUUCUUUUGCCCAAGAAGACUGCCGCUAAAGAACCUAAGUCUCCAUCGAAAGCUACCAAAUCUCCCAAGAAAGCGAAAUAGUUUAGUUAGAUAUGUGCUUUGUUUAUGAUUGUUGGUUUUAGUGUAGUUUAUUAUGUGAUCAGAUGAAUGAAACCACUUGUUUCUUUUUUUUGGGUACUUUAUUGUGUUAAGUGAGAUUCACUAUGUAAUUGAACGAUUGUUGGUUGUUUUG